CAAACUCACGUCCAUUUAUCCCUCUUCAGACAAACAGCCACCCGUAUAUAUCUAAAAUAAACAAUUUUUAAUUUAUAAACUUUGUUCUUGGGUUUUACCGAAAACUGAAGUCUGGAAUCAUUAAUUUAUCCUAAUCGAUCAAAAUCAACCUACAAAUUUUGAAUCUUUUUCUUCAAACUGUAGCACAAUUGACACUUAUAUUCAGGAACCGAUUUAUUUUUUAAUUUGAGGAAAAAUUCAAUUUUUUGGAUGAAAUUUUGAAAGUUCUUGGAAGUUUUCGCAGUUAUUGAUUAGGUGAAUCUGAUGGAUGGCAAUAAUUGGAGGGCGAACUCGGGUCAGGCACAGGUCCCAGGUCAGGUUAUGGGUGGUGAAGUUCCGGCAGCUCCGGGUAUGGAUGCGGGCGAUUGGAGGACUCAACUACCAGCCGAUUCCAGGCAGAGGAUUGUAAACAAGAUAAUGGACACCUUGAAGAGACAUCUUCCUUUCUCUGGACAAGAUGGACUUCAGGAACUCAAGAAAAUAGCCGUAAGAUUUGAGGAAAAAACUUAUACUGGCGCAACAAGUCAGUCGGAUUACUUGAGAAAGAUAUCUUUGAAAAUGCUGACAAUGGAGACAAAAUCACAGAAUACCAUGUCCAAUUCUCUUCAAUCAAAUGCUCCAAGUAAUAGCAAAAAUCCCCAAGAUCCAGCUUCACAAAGCAUACAAUCCCAAAUGCCAAAUCAGGGGCAGCCACUACCUAUUCAAAUGGUGCCUAAUCAAUCUCAAAUGCGACAACAGCUGUUAUCCCAAAAUAUUCAGAAUAAUAUGCCAUCAACAGGUGUGCCAAAUUCUGCUAGUAUGACACCUUCACUUCCCCCUGUGGGUGGUGUGUCUCAGGCUACCAUGCCUAAUGUUGUUGGCCAGAAUCCCAACAUGCAGAACUUACAAAACAUAUCUAAUGUAGCUCCAAAUGUAAUGGGAAAUUCCAUGGGGCAAGGGGUGCCUUCCAACAUGUUUGUCAAUACCCAGAGAUCAAUUCAAGGAAGGCAACAACCGGUUGUGCCCCAAGAGCAACAACAACAGUCCCAGAAUUCACAGCAAUAUCUUUACAAUCAGCAGUUGCAACACCUUAUGAAGCAAAAGUUCCAGCAGGGAAAUAUCUCACAAUCCCUUGUGCAAUCUCAGAUCCAGCAACAGCAGCAACAUAAUUUAUUGCAACCAACUCAGAUCCAAUCGUCCCAGCAGGCUCUUAUGCAAGCUUCUUUGAGGCAGCCGGCCAAUUCAUCUAGUCUUCAGCAAAAUCAGCAGUCAUCCAUUCAUCAAUCAACUCAACCUAUGCUGCAGCAGCAAUCGCAAUCACUCCUCAGGCAACAACAGUCACAACAGUCUUCCCUCAUUCAUCAGCAACAAACAUCAAUAUCGCAGCACUCAAUACUACCUACACAACAGCAACAGCAGCUUAGUGGGCAGCAGCCAAAUGCUACAAGCUUGCAACAGAACCAGCUAAUUGGGCAACAAAAUAAUAUUCUUGAUGCACAGCAGCAUCAGCAACAGCAAAGGAUGAUGAGCCAGCAGAAUAAUCAUUCCAACCUGCAACAGCAGCAGACAAUUGGUCAGCAAAACCUUCCUAACAUACAUCAACAGCAGUCAAUUGUUCAGCAGAGUAGCCUCCCAAACGUGCAUCAGCAGCAGUUAGGCCCUCAAACUAAUGUUUCUGGGUUCCAGCAGCAGCAAAUGGUUGGAAUUCAAUCUGGUAAUUCUGGGUUGCAAAAUAAUCAGCAAUCUGUUCACAUGUUACAGCAAUCUAAGGUAGCAGUACAGCAACAAAUUCAGCAGAAUAUGGCGAACUUAUUGCCUACCCAAGCUCAACAGUCACAGUCACAGUCACAGUCUCAGCCGCCUCAGCAGCAGGUGAUGUCGCAGACCCAAUCGCAACCGGGUCAGCUGCAACACCAAUUGGCGUUGCAACGGCAGGCAAAUUCAUUACAAAGAGACAUGCACCAAAGGAUUCAAACAUCAGGUCCCUUACUUCAACAACACAUUUCACUUGAUCAACAAAAGCAUCUGGUGCAGUCUCAUAGAGCCAUUGCAGAGGCAUCAUUAUCAUCUUUAGAUUCCUCGUCACAGACAGGAAAUGCAAAUGGUGGGGAUUGGCAGGAGGAGAUUUUCCAAAAGAUCAGAUCCAUGAAUGAUAUGUAUUUUCCUGAAUUAAAUGAAAUGUACCAGAAAAUGGCUGCCAAGUUACAGAAGCAUGAUUCUCUUCCUCAACAGCCUAAGAAUGAUCCUCUUGGGAAACUCAGAAAAUUUAAGGGUAUGCUGGAGCACCUUCUUUUGUUUUUGCGGAUUUCGAAGAAUGAAGUUCAACAGAAUCACAAGGAGAAGAUUAUUGUAGCUGAGAAGCAGAUUAUUAAUAUUCUUAACUCAAAUAAACCCCGGCAGCCUGUUUCUUCUAUGCUGCAAGGGCAGCUUUCCCAGCCUCACUUGCAGACCGUGCAACAAUCGCUGCAGCCACAAUCUCAAAUUUCUCAAAUGCAUCCCCUUGAGAAUCAAAUGAAUUCGCAGAUGCAACCUGUGAAUGUACAGGGUUCUAUGACAGCUGUGCAGCAGAAUAAUGUAACCAACUCACUGAGUAAUUCCUCAUCUUCUGUUUCUGGUGUUUCAAAUUCUCGCCAAAACAUGAUGGACGCACUACAGUCUGGUUCAACUAUGGAUCCUGGUCAGGGCAAUGCACUGAACUCACUUCAACAAGUAGCUAUGGGCUCUCUACAACAAAAUCCUGCCAGUGGGCCACAACAGGUGAACAUGAACUCGGUAUCAUCUCACAGUGGACUGUCAACAUUGCAGUCAAACCAUAUUCCGCUGCAACCGAAUUCAAAUAUACUUUCAAACCAGCAUGUAAAACAGGAGCCACAAGUGUUUCCAACACAACAGAUUAAACAACAAUUUCAGCAGCAGCGGCAGCAGCAUCAGCAACAGCAACAGCAACAGCAACAUAUGCAAAGACAGCACUUAAUUCAACAGCAGCAACAGCAGCAGCAGCAGCAUCAAACAAAUCAGCAGCAGUCUGUGCAGUUGGCAGCACAUCAAAUGUUACAGCUUCAUCAGAUGAAUGAAACAAAUGAAAUGAAGAUGAGGCAGCAGAUGGGUGUCAAAUCAGGAGUUCUUCAGCAACAUCAUUCCUCUGGCCAGCGUUCAUCAUAUCACCAACCACUGAAACCUGGAACUCCAUUCUCUACUUCCUCGCCACAAGUCCUUCAGGUAGCAUCCCCUCAGGUGCAUCUUUCUCCCCAAAUUGACCAGCAGAAUCUUCUGACGUCUCAUCCAAAGACCGGGACCCCCUUGCAAUCUGCAAACUCUCCAUUUGUCGUUCCCUCUCCAUCAACUUCCAUGGCUCCAUCAAUCAUCCCAGGCGAGUUUGACAAAAUGAACUCUGUUGUGGCGUCCCUGUCUAAUGCUGGAAAUCCUGGUCAUCAUCAAACAACUGGAGCAUCCAUACCAGCGCAAUCCCUUGCUAUUGGCACUCCUGGGAUAUCUGCCUCACCUUUACUUGCUGAAUUUACCAGUCCCGAUGGUACUCAUGGUGUUGUAUCUACCAUUGUUUCGGGAAACUCGAAUGUUGUAGAACAACCACUUGAACGCUUACUUAAAGUGGUGAAGUCUAUGUCACUUAAAGCAUUGAGUUCCUCAGUUAGUGACAUCAGCUCAGUAGUUAGUAUGAUUGAUAGAAUUGCUGGAUCUGCUCCAGGAAAUGGAUCAAGAGCGGCGGUGGGUGAAGAUUUGGUUGCGAUGACUAAGUGUCGUUUGCAGGCCAGAAACUUUUUCUCACAAGAUGGAUCUAGCGGCACAAAGAGAAUGAGACGUUAUACAAGUGCAAUGCCAUCAAAUGUUGUUUCAUCUACUGGAAGUGUCAAUGAUAGUUUCUAUCAGUUAAAUGGGACUGAAUCUGAUGGGGAGUCCACUGGUGCAUCUGGCAUUAAAAGGCCUAGGAUUGAGGCUAACCAUAGACUCGAAGAAGAACUGCAGGAGAUAAAUGAACGAUUGAUAGACACAGUGGUAUAUAUUAGUGAUGAAGUUGUGGAUCCAACUGCAGUCGCUGCUACUGCCAAAGGUGGAGAUGGAACCAUCGUGAAGUGCUCUUUUAGCGCCGUGGCUCUUAGCCCAAACUUGAAAUCACAAUAUGCUUCGGCACAAAUGUCCCCAAUUCAACCUUUACGAUUACUUGUUCCCAACAACUAUCCAAAUUGCUCGCCAAUACUUUUGGACAGGUUUCCAGUUGAAGUCAGAGCGCACAUGGGCUAUGCAAAAAAGAGAGAAAAUGCCCCAUGAAAACUCACAAAGUACAGUUCCAAAUAGAUAAAUAAGCACAUGAUAUUGGUAAAUAUUUCUGGGCCACAAUUUGAUAAGGGAAUUUGAAAACUCUAACGUGCUGACCCGCGAUAGCUUAUUCUGUUCUCUGCCUAGCUGUGCGAGAAGUUACAAGAACGGUUAACCAAACCUUAAAACCCUGAAUUUUAGACACAUUUCUCCAACAUCAAGCUACAUUUUAGACUGUGUGCUAGAAUAGUGGAUACUGCAAAAUUUGAAACUUCUUUGGUAUGAAAAUACUAGGCUAUGUUGUGACAAGUCACGUAUUUUAUCCUUGGCAGAAACAUUCCAUACGAUUACUGUGUUGUACUGGUACUGUUAAUAGACUACUUGAUGGAGAUAGAAUAGAAAUAGAAGCUAGAUAGGAAUUUAAAAUAAUAGUUUAAUUCAGAUUAUGAUUGUUUAGAUUAGAUUUAAUAUUUCGACGAAGUUAUAGCUUAUUAGAAGUUCUUCUAAUUUUAGAUUAGUUGCUCAAUAAAUGGAGGGAUUAUU